UGUAAAAAAAAUAUUAUCAUUGCUCUGUUCUUUUGUUCUGAUUUUUUUUGAAGAAUGUACCCGAUUACGUCGUCUUCUUCAGCCUGAUUUCUUAGCUUCUGGUUGAGUUUUCAUCGGAAGAAGAUUUUUCUUGGGGAUGGCUAAAUCUAGAAACUUUUGCUGGGUUUAAUGCGAUCUGAAGGGAUGGAGUCAGAUUUAAGGAGAUGAAAUUCAUUCAUUGACUUCAAAAUUUCUGCAUAGUCUGGAUUCUGUUUUUUCGGUUGCUGAGAAAAUGGGCAGGAAAUUGAACCUGUUCUUGAUUUUGUUCAUGGGGGCAGUUUUCUCUUCCAUUACUGCUGACCCAGUUGAAGAUAAGGAAGCAUUACUGGAUUUCCUUCAUAAAGUUCAUCAAUCUCGAUCGAGACCGAUUAAUUGGAAGAAGAAUACCACUGUGUGUGGUCAAUGGAUCGGAGUGACCUGCAGCAGUGACCAAUCUAGAGUUGUGGCUCUCCGGCUGCAAGGGAUGGAACUCCAGGGCUCUAUUCCAGCCAACACUCUCAGCCGGCUCUCAUCUCUUCAGUUUCUGAGUCUUAGAUCCAACGCUUUUUCAGGUAGUUUGCCGGAUUUCUCAGCUUGGAAUAAUCUUACCAUUGUUGAUCUCUCCAACAAUGACUUCAAUGGAAGCAUCCCUCCUUCAGUUUCAAACUUGACUCACCUUGUAGCUUUGAAUCUUUCCAACAAUUCACUUUCUGGCGGCAUUCCUGAUCUGAACAUCCCUAGUCUUCAACAGCUGGAUUUAUCCAACAAUAAUCUCACUGGGGUUGUACCAAUGUCUCUUCGAAGAUUCCCAAUUUCUUCAUUUUCAGAUAACAAAAUUUCCCCGGAAAUUGCCCCUCCUCCGGCCUUGCCUAGCCAGCCACCUGGAGAACAACCAGCAAGGAAAGCCAGAAAGCUCAGUGAGCAAGCCCUGCUGGGGAUUGUCCUAGGAGGCAGCGUACUUGGGUUUUUGUUGGUCGCUCUUUUGAUGAUCCUGUGUUACUAUAAGAAAGAAACGGAACAAGAAGGAGAAAUGACCAUAAAGUUUCAAAAGAAAGAUGUCUCUGCCAAGAAAAAGGCUUCUGAGAGUCAUGAUGAGAACAACAGGCUUGUAUUCUUUGAGGAUUGCAAUCUUGCAUUCGACCUGGAAGACUUGUUGAGAGCAUCCGCAGAGGUGCUUGGGAAGGGAACAUUUGGAGUAACAUACAAGGCAGCAUUGGAGGAUGCAAUCACAGUUGCAGUGAAGAGGUUGAAAGAGGUGACCGUGCCUAAACGGGAGUUCGAGCAGCAGAUGGAAGUGGUGGGGAGUAUCAGGCAUGAGAAUGUGUCUGCUCUGAGGGCAUACUUUUAUUCAAAGGAUGAGAAGCUUGUUGUUCAUGAUUUCUAUGAACAGGGAAGUGUGUCUGCAAUGCUACAUGCUAAAAGAGAAGGAAGAGGGACUUUAGACUGGGAAACUAGGCUAAAAAUAGCAGUUGGUGCAGCUAGAGGCAUUGCUCAUAUCCACACACAAAAUGGUGGGAAGCUUGUUCAUGGAAACAUAAAAGCUACCAACAUUUUACUCACUUCUCGAGGGUUUGGCUGUGUAUCAGAUAUUGGGUUAGCGACAUUGAUGAGUACAAUGCCUCCACCAACAAUUCGUGCUGCAGGUUAUCGUGCCCCGGAAGUAACGGACUCCCGGAAAGCAACUCAAGCAUCUGAUGUAUACAGUUUUGGGGUACUAGUACUGGAGCUCCUCACUGGGAAGUCGCCAACACUUGCCACGGGUGGGGAUGAGGUUGUUCACUUGGUGAGAUGGGUGAACUCAGUGGUUAGGGAAGAGUGGACUGCAGAAGUGUUUGAUGUGGAACUUUUGAAGUUUCCCAACAUCGAGGAGGAAAUGGUGGAGAUGUUGCAGGUAGGGAUGCGUUGUGUGGCAAAGAUGCCAGACCAGAGACCGAAGAUGCAGGAGGUAGUCAGGAUGCUGGAAGAGAUUCGAGGAGGUUGGUCGCCAGAAACUAAAUCUGAAAUUUCAGGUUCAACCCCAGUUCAGCGGACACCUGAAAUAGGAUCAUCUUCUUCUGUUCCAGUUCCUUUGUGAAAUUUUCAUAAAAUUCUCAUCAUUUUGGCAUUUGUAGAUGGUUUUGUUUGACUUGGUUCGAUUGUCUAAGUUUUCCGUUGUGUGCAUUUGGAAUUUUAUGGUAUUUUUUAUUUUGUUGAUUCAGGGAAUUUUAUGGCACCGAUCAUAUAUAUUAUUGAGAUAAAAAAAAUUUAUUUUA